CUCUGUCUCUGUCUCUCUCUCUCUAACUCACUCUUAUGUAGCUCUUCUUGUGGGAAGAAACAGAGACCCGAAUCUCUGGUUGCUUCUCAUAGAUCCAACUCAACAUCUUUAUCUCUCCUUCUCUUUCUGGAAUGGACUGGAUUAUCAGUAAUGAUCAGAAUUGGCACUGUGGUAAUUUUGGUGGAGGAUGGGAUUGAGUUAUUGGGGUGCAGUUGCUAUAAUUUAAAAUAACGGUUAGAUCAAUCGCGUGGUUAACUGAUUGAGGGAGUCUUUGAUUUGCUUUUGAUCACUUCAAAUUCCUGCAUUUUGCAAGACAAGAUUUUCGGCAUUAAUUGAUACUUCAGGGUCUUGAAAUUUUUUAUGGAAAACCAAAACAAAAGUGAACUGUGACACCACUUCUAUUGCAAUGGGCGGACUUUGUUCAAGGAGAUCUACUGAAGAUGGUUCUGCAGGCGGAGGCUUUCCACAUCUUAAUGGUCAUUCUUAUUAUGGUUCUGGAAUCGUAUAUCAGUCUCAUGGAUUGCCUGUGCAAGCGAAUAGCAAUUCAACGCCUUCUUCCAUUGGGGAAAACAUGGAUAAGCAAUUAAGAGAACCCUUUUCAUUUCCAGAGUUAAAUGCUCUUUCCUAUGGGAUGCAUCCGGAGGAUUUGAAUGACGGGAUCCCUCGGUUGUCUAGGGCUUUGUCAAAUAAUUCUGGAUCGACAAAGUCCAAGCAACUGGCUGUUGCUAAGGUUUCAGAAGUGAGUUCACUUUUGGGCAGAGCAGGAACUGCUGGGCUUGGGAAGGCCGUAGAAGUUUUGGAUACACUUGGUAGCAGCAUGACAAAUUUGAACCUCAGUGGUGGUUUUGUGUCAGGGGUGGCAACAAAGGGAAAUAAAAUUUCAAUUUUGGCUUUUGAAGUUGCAAAUACAAUUGUCAAAGGUGCCAAUCUUAUGCAGUCCCUGUCAAAGGAUAGCAUUAAACAUUUGAAAGAGGUGGUGCUACCUUCAGAAGGUGUGCAGCGUUUAGUUUCAAAAGAUAUGGAUGAACUUCUGAGAAUUGCUGCAGCUGACAAGAGGGAUGAAUUAAAAAUUUUUUCCGGAGAAGUGGUCCGUUUCGGAAAUCGUUGUAAAGAUCCUCAAUAUCAUAACUUGGACCGUUAUUUUGAGAAGUUGGGAUUAGAACUUAUAGCUGAAAAGCAAUUGCAAGAAGAAGCGGAAACUGUGAUGCAGCAAUUGCUGACUUUGGUUCAGUAUACUGCCGUGAGUAUUUUCUCGCUGCUGUAG